CUACGCUUAAUAUAUAUUAUUAGCAAGAAAAUAUCGCUUGUGGCAAUCACAUGAAUCUACGCAUUCACUACAAAAUUAAGAUGAGCACUCUCACUCUCUGUUGCCUUCUGCUGGCCAGCUGGACGUCGGGCAGCUAUGCUAGUAAUAACAGUAAAUUAAGCACGGGCCCAACGCCCGCCAGCUCCACACAAGUCGAUUUGGAGCCCAUCAAUGGCACCAUGAAUUAUCGGCUGUAUGGCAAAAAGGGCAAGGACGAUAAGCCCUGGUUUGAUGGCCUCGACAGCCGGCAUAUACAGUGUGUGCGUCGUGGGCAUUGCCUGGAGGUCAAUAGCACGCACAAUACAUGCUUUGGCUCCAAGUUACCAUAUGCCUUCACGAGUCUCAGCCUAACCGAUUAUCGCAAAGAAAAAGAGCUCGACGAGGCGCUUAGCAGUUACUAUGCCCUGCGACAUGUGCCCAAGUGCUGGGCCGUCAUACAGGUAAGCCAGAUGAUACACACCUCGAUGAGCACUAAAUCCCUAAAUAAUGCUUGUAAUUUUCAGCCAUUUCUGUGCGCCGUUUUCAAGCCCAAAUGUGAGGAAAUUAAUGGCCAGGACAUGGUCUACCUGCCUUCGUACGAAAUGUGCAAGAUUACCCUUGAGCCGUGCCGCAUUCUAUAUAAUACAACAUUUUUCCCGAAAUUUAUGCGCUGCAACGAGACGCUCUUUCCCAUGAAAUGCAGCAAUGAUGCACGCGAAAUGAAAUUCAAUGUAACUGGCCGAUGUAUGCCGCCCCUUGUGCCGGCAGAUAAUGCCGCCAGCUACUAUCCGGGCAUCGAGGGCUGCGGUGUGCAGUGCAAGGAUCCAUUAUACACGAACGAUGAACAUCGCCAGAUACACAAGCUGAUCGGCUAUGGCGGCACACUCUGUCUGCUGUCCAAUCUGUUUGUGGUCGCCACAUUUCUCAUUGACUGGCAGAAUGCCAACAAAUAUCCAGCUGUGAUAGUUUUCUACAUCAAUCUAUGUUUUCUCAUCUCCUGUUUUGGCUGGCUGGUGCAGUUUACGUCCGGCUCGCGCGAGGACAUUGUCUGUCGCAAGGAUGGCACACUGCGUCACUCGGAGCCGACGGCUGGCGAGAAUCUCUCGUGCAUUGUGAUAUUUGUGCUGGUCUAUUAUUUUCUUACCGCCGGCAUGGUGUGGUUUGUGUUUCUUACCUAUGCCUGGCACUGGCGUGCCAUGGGCCAUGUACAGGAUCGCAUCGACAAGAAGGGUUCGUACUUUCAUCUGGUUGCUUGGUCCCUGCCGCUGGUUCUCACCAUUACCACAAUGGCACUCAGCGAAGUCGAUGGCAAUGGCAUUGUGGGCAUCUGUUUUGUUGGCUACAUCAAUCACCCGAUGCGCGCCGGCCUACUGCUGGGUCCGCUCUGCGGCGUCAUAUUGAUUGGCGGCUAUUUUAUCACACGCGGCAUGAUCAUGCUGUUUGGCCUGAAACACUUUGCCAACGAUAUCAAGUCCACGUCGGCGAGCAACAAAAUCCAUUUGAUUAUCAUGCGCAUGGGCUUCUGUGCUCUGCUUACGCUGAUUUUUAUAUUAGUUGCAAUUGCAUGCCAUGUCACAGAGUUUCGCCAUUCGGCUGAGUGGGCCGAGAGCUUUAGGCACUAUAUCAUUUGUCGCAUCAGCUCGGUUUUUGAUGAAAACAGCGCCUGCAAGAUUGAAAAUCGUCCCAGCGUGGGCGUGCUGCAGCUGCACUUGCUCUGCCUGUUCAACUCCGGAAUACUCAUGUCCACCUGGUGCUGGACGCCAUCCUCUGUAGAGACAUGGAAGCGCUACAUUAAAAAAAAGUGCGGCAAGGAGGUUGUCGAAGAGGUCAAAAUGCCCAAGCAUAAAGUCAUUGCACAGACCUGGGCCAAGCGCAAAGACUUUGAGGACAAGGGUAGACUGUCCAUAACGCUAUACAAUACGCACACCGAUCCGGUGGGCUUAAAUUUCGAUGUGAACGAUCUGAACUCAUCGGAAACGAACGAGAUUAGCUCCACCUGGGUGCAUUAUUUGCCGCAGUGCGUGAAACGUCGCAUGGCAUUGACCGGCGUUACGGCCGGCAACACAAACUCUUCCAGCCAAGGAGGUCAGGGCGGACGCAAGAAUUCCCUCGACUCGGAGAUAAGUGUCAGCGUGCGACAUGUAUCCGUCGAAUCGCGACGCAACUCGGUAGACUCGCAGGUGUCCGUCAAGAUAGCCGAAAUGAAAACCAAGGUGGCCUCGCGUACGCGACAACACGGCAAGCACGGCUACUCGACCAGCAGCAAUAAGCGAACACAGCGGCGCAGAGACUUCAUUGCGGCCAGCAGCGGACGCACCAAAUACAGCAGCGCUGCUGGGCGAGGACGUCGCGAGAGCAGCACCUCCGUCGAGUCGCAGGUGAUAGCGCUGAAGAAGACCACGUAUCCGAAUGCUAGUCACAAAGUGGGCAUGUUUGCCCAGAGCACCAAAAAGCACAACAGCACCAGGCGACGCAAUGCGGGUCUAGAUCCGAGCAUCAUCAACGAUUUCAUACAAAAGAAUGGACAGUUUAUAUUGCCGUUUCUGCAGAACCAGGGCAUGACCACCUCCUCGGAUGAGGAGGAAAAUUCGCGUGCCUCUUUCAAAAUACACGAUCUCAAUGUGGUCGUCAAGCAGGAGCUGAGCGAUGAGGAUGAUGGACCCAAAAUACAAGAACUGCCGAGCAAUGGCAACGGCAAUGGCUCCAAGGCAGCAGCUUUGGAGCAUUUCCUGAAGCACAUGCAAAAGUCCAGCGAAUCGAAUUGCAAUGGCAAUCGACACUCGCGCAACUCCCAGCGCAGUCGCAAGUCACGCAAGGAGCCAACCAAGUCGCAUCAUGGCCACAAAAGCGCUGAUCGGGAGCUGGAACUGGAUGUGGAUGUGGACUCAAAUAGCGAUUUUAAGCGCAACUAUGCGCGCCAACUGGCGGCAGCACUGGACGUGAAUGGCGACUCGCUGAGCUGUUCCUCCGUCGAACUGGACAUACCAUUGGGCGGAAUGCUGCACAGUUCAUACAAUUCGGGCCUGUCCACGGGCAAGCCCAAUUCGCGGAACAGCAAAACCAGCUGCGACGUGGGCAUACAAGCGAAUCCCUACGAUAUAGCCACCCAUACGCUGCCCACCUAUGGCAACGAGGAGCUGCAGCAGGCCAUGCGACUGCUCAAUGCGGCGAGUCGACAGCGCAACGAACUGACAGCCGAGGAUGCCACCGAGAUGCAAUCCCUGCUCGGUCAUUCGCGACAUCACAAGGAGCCAACGCUCAUGAGUGAAUCCGACAAACUGAAAAUGUUGCUGCUGCCCUCCAAGUAGAACUGAGCAACUGGAACGAUGCAUUUACUUAAGUUUCUAAAACUCCAAUCUUCCAUUUUGAAGCCCACAAAACGAAUAGAUUACGAAUACGAACUACGACUACGAAUACUCAUAGCAAUUAAGUUUUAAAAAGUUUACAAAAUCAUUUUUACACUAGAAUUUAUGUCCCUUCUGUGUGAAUAUAUAUAUAUAUAU